AAGUUUACCUACUCGACUACUAAAUCUGUGUGGUACGCCAUCUCUCGUGAUUUUCAGACACGCGCCUGUGUUUCGCUCGCAUUUUCGUGGUGUUUUGUGGUGAUUUUACCUGUGUCAACCCUGAAUUUGGAUUUGGUUCCCGAUUUUUCGACUUUUCAAAGAACACAGUAUACAGUGGGUGCAUCCAAACACAUCCUGAAGACCUUACAAGAUGAAGGACAUACAAAGGUUAUGGGACAAAUUGGUCGGUGGUACUUACGACGUGGUCAACACCAGCUCCAAGUUCAAAUCUUGCCCCAGCAAAGACCAGGCUAGCGUAGAAAAGGCCCGUGCUAGGACUGGUGGUAACAGAAAGUGGGCCAUCAGUUUUGCAGUUCUUGGUAUAGCUUCUUUCAUCUCCGGACUAAUGAUUUUCAUCAUAAACCCCUAUGAUCUCAUCUACAGAUACAAAAUAAUAUUUGGAGAUAAGGGUGAAGUUUUUGAACUCUGGAGAGUGCCCCCAGUGGAUCUGUAUCUUCGCGUAUUCCUUUGGAAUAUAACCAACAAGGAAGAGUACAUGAAUGGCACCGAUGAUAAGUUGAAGUUACAAGAAGUUGGUCCAUACGUUUACAAGGAACUUAUGACGCAUGAAAAUGUAACCUUUAACGACAACUUCACCGUCUCUGCCAUACCGAGUCAUCCGUUGGUUUUCGUGCCAGAAAUGUCAGAGGGAAGACUCGAAAACGACACGAUGAUUUUGCCCAACAUAGCCCUUUUGAGCAUAGCCCAAGUGGUAUCAGACGAAAACUCCUACUUCACCAGACUGGGCCUCAACAUGUUGAUACGUCAAAUAGACCAACAACCCCUGGUCGAAAUGACGGCCAGAGAGUUCAUGUUCAACUACACCAACGCCCUCAUGAACCUGGGCAACCAGUUCAUGCCCAACUGGAUCACCUUCAAAAACCUCGGUCUGAUAGACAGGAUGUACGACUUCGAUGGCGACUUCGAGACCGUCUACACCGGCGAAGACGACGUCAAGAAGGCCGGUCUCAUAGACAUGUGGAGAGGCUCCACCAAGAUCCCCCAAUGGGAGAAUCCAUGCGGUAACGUUAGGGGAGCCUCAGACGGGGCCAAAUUCCCAUCCCUCAUCGAACCAGAGGACAAACUCUUCUUCUACAGGAAGAGCAUGUGCAGGGCCAAAUACCUGGUUAAGGUUAACGAGACUGUUAAGGAUACCUUCAAGUCGUACGUCUACAAUUUCGAGGAAGAUUCACCGGAGACUGAGCAAUGUUUGUGCUACGAUAAAUCCAAGUGUUUCCCCAAGGGGCUUCUGGACGUCCACGGAUGUUACUAUGGUUUCCCUAUCGCUCUGAGCGCCCCCCACUUCUACAAAAACGACCCUAUCCUGAAGGCCAAGGUUGAGGGGGUCCAUCCAGAUGCAGAAAAACACGAGUCUUACUUCGUUAUCGAACCUCGUUCUGGGGUACCAGUGGAACUGAGGGCUAACUUCCAAAUCAACAUGGCCUUGAGAGACCUAACAUCCAUAGCUCAUGUGGAGAGGUUUUCUGACAUGGUGCUGCCACUUCUGUGGGCCGAAUUCAGGUUGUACGGCCUUCCAGACAGCCUAAGAAGUAGGCUACAGCUGUACCUCCACAUCUUACCGCUAGUAACAGACGUCCUGAUGUACGCCUCCACUGUUUGCGGCCUGCUGAUGCUGAUCUAUUCGGUGUGCAGGAUGACCAGACUGAAGAACAACAGGAACAGGAGACAGGCUCCGUGGAUCCAAGACACUCCGCAUUUCAUCAAGAACACCCUCUCCAGUUACAAAACGGACAAGGACCAGUGCAGCAGUCCCACCGAUAAAGAACUGGAGACCUACUACACCAGUGUUAUAAUCCCCCUGACGCAAGAACUGGAGGAGACAGGGGAGAUGAACAGGUCCAGUGCGACUGCCUGAGCAGUGAUCAAACAGGGUUUGAAAAUUUCUGUGAUUCCUAUAGUUAGUACUCGGUGUACUGGAUUGAAUCAGGGUCGUACUUGAAGAAAGCUAAGUAGGUUCCUACCCAUCAGUGAUCAGAACCAUCAGCCGGUUCUGCUUUUUGGAUUAUUGAUUUAUAUUAUUUAUUAUCGCGUGCUGUAUAGUCUAAUCGAUGGCUUGAACAAGUCGAAAGGUUUUUCGACGAUCCAGUUAAGCGUGUUGUAGUCUUGUAUCUAUAUAGAGUAAAAAUUAACAUUUUACUACGUUUAAACGAAAUGGGGGGAGAUUAUCCCCGGUCCAUUGGAGAUUUCCGAUGGGAGUUUGCCUGUCUGUGAUGGUGAAAUGUUGAUUUAUGGGGUAAUUUUUAAUCGGAUUGAGGCGACUGCAUUUUUGGUCCCGUAGUUUUGUUUUAGAAACGUGAAAUGUACGAAUGCUUUACAUCUGAUUUGUGAUAUUAUUAUUUUUUUCUCAACAGAUUUUUAUGUUGAGGUAGUUUUUAAGAGGAAUACUUGGUGCAUUGAUCCGUUUCUCAUAUUAUUAUCGUUUUAGUGGUAGAACUGCAUAUAGGGUGACUGCACGUCUUAUUUAUUUUAUACGGAUUAUGUAAUGAGCACACUGAUCAGUAUUUUGCGAUUUGUAAUAGAUUCUCACAUCAAUAAGUUAUAAACCUUCAAUACUCUACCAAAAAAAAUUAAAAAAAAAGAAAAAAAAACGUAAAAUGUGAAACCAAACAAGAAACAACUACUUAAUCUAUUCCUUUUUGCAGAUUAUUGAGUGUUAGUGUGAUGAUAUAUACAUUUAUGUUCGAUUUUUUCGAAAACUGAAUUUGUACUUUUUAUACAAAAUUUAAAACAUUUGUUAAUAAUAUUAAAAAUUGAAAAAUGUACCGGGUAGUAUAAGAGAAUUGAAUAUGGAAAAAUAAAACUAUUUUCUCAGUUAAA